UCUCCCCCGUCCGCCAUGCCUAAAGGAAAGAAGGCCAAGGGGAAGAAGGUGGCUCCGGCCCCUUCUGUGGUCAAGAAGGUGGUGAACCCUCUGUUCGAGAAGAGGCCCAAGAACUUCGGCAUUGGCCAAGACAUCCAACCCAAAAGAGAUCUCACCCGCUUAGUGAAAUGGCCUUGCUACAUCAGGCUCCAGCGAUCCAUCCUGUACAAAGGCCUGAAGGUCCCACCAGCAAUCAACCAGUUCACCCAGGCUCUGGACCGACAGACAGCCACUCAGCUCUUUAAACUGGCACACAAGUACAGACCAGAAACCAAGCAAGAGAAGAAGAAACGUUUGCUGGCCCGUGCAGAGCAGAAAGCUGCUGGUAAACCAGAUGUUCCUACCAAGAGGCCCCCAGUUGUCAGAGCAGGUGUCAACACAGUGACCACUCUGGUGGAGAACAAGAAAGCCCAACUGGUGGUGAUCGCCCAUGAUGUGGAUCCCAUUGAGCUUGUGGUCUUCCUCCCUGCCUUGUGUCGGAAGAUGGGAGUGCCCUACUGCAUCAUCAAGGGCAAAGCCAGGCUGGGCCACUUGGUACACAGAAAGACGUGCACCAGCGUCGCUUUCACACAAGUCAAUCCUGAAGACAAAGGAUCUCUUGCCAAACUGGUGGAAGCAGUAAAGACCAACUACAAUGACAGACAUGAUGAGGUAAUUGCUGGAAUCACUGAAAUCACAUUUGCCUUAACAUCUUUUAGUCAUAACGGUGUGUAUUUUAUACAGAAAAGCUUUUUCUUCAUCAGAAAUGUGUAUUCUAGAUAUGAAGGAAUUUUAUUUCACAGCCCCUCACGCCUAAUCGUGAAUUCUCAUGUUAUCUGUUCAUAAGCAUGUGGCAGUCCU